UUUAAAAAAAAUCCAAUAUGUCUUCUAUUGUUAAAGUCGCAAAUGGAAUGUUAAAGCUUCCAAUAAAUUUGUUUGAAUAAUAAAUAAACCCAACAAAAUAAUAAAUAAAAAUGGCUUCGAAAGCGCCUCGAUUACUUAUUAAAAUCGAUAAACUUAUACGAAACAGGAGCGAUUCAAAUUACAACUCAAAUACAGAAUACGGCUGUAUUUAUUUUCACACCGACAUAAACAACAGUUUCGACGUAGCCAGCUAUUCAACAGUUGAUGACAACCAUAACUUGAAUAAUUACUCAGAAGAAAAUUUGCUCCACGACUUGAAUGAAAUUUUAACCGAAGAUUUGGGUGACUCUGAUUUUUUUGCUCCCGAUAUAAACGGGUGUCCGACUUCACCUGUCGUUUGUAAACAAAAUGAUGUAAGUACUCCGCAUAUUAAUGAUUACACUGACUGUUCUCAACUAGAUUGUCCUCCAAUCGUUGUAUCAUCAUCACAAAUUUCAUUCCCAUGUAUUCAAGAAGAAAACAAGCAAAUAAGUAAUGACGUAAAUCCUAAUAAUCAAUUAAUUGAUACAGAGUACGAAGAUUAUUACUCAUUAGAAACUUACACUUCAAAUAGUUAUCACUGUAAUUCAAAUGUCAGCUCAAAUUUCAGUAACAUGGAAUUUAAUUCCAGUAAAAGUUUAUGUCUACAACGAGACUUGAGAGCUUCUGUAAUGGAGAUGACGAUUGAUAACCAGAUGUCAACUGUCGAUCCUGAAAUCUGUAAAAAUAAUAAUUAUGUCAAGUCACUUUUACAAAAAGAAUUAAAAGUUGUUGUAAAAAAGUUGACUGGUGAAGAACUAUCGGCUCGGAUCCAUGCCAGUAACAAUAAAAAUACCAUGAGCUGGAAGAAAGAAUUGAAAGUGUCUUUGAAAAAGAUGACCGAUAGCGAGAUUAUUAAUUAUACUAGAAAAAAUAAAUCAUCCAGAGAUGAUAAUUUGAAUGGUUUUGAUAUGACACACGACAGUGGAUAUUUUGAGAGCAGUUUUAUUUCAAACACUCGUGAUACUAUUGAGGUUUAUCAGGAUCCAGAUGCUGAUACUGUACUAGAUUCUUUGAUUAAAUUAUUUAGUAAUAUUGAUGAUAAUACAGAUGAGGAUGAAGGACUUGCUGGCAUCGACUGUUCUGGUCUUGAUGAUGUUUUGAAUUCAAAUGAAAGUCAUGAUGUUUUGUAUUUAAAUGAAAGUCGUGAUGAUCAGCCAGAUAAUUUAAAUAAUGAAGAAAAUUCUGUAGAUUUAAAUUAUAGUGAUGAUAAUUUGAAUGGUUUACAAAAAAAUGUAGAAGUAGAGUCUAAAAAAAAUAAUUCAAAUAAUCACAAAAAACGUAAAAUUAAAGAUAAGCGUUGUGAGUAUCGAUGUGUAAAAAAAUUUGUCUACGAUUUUGGGUUACUGGGUUUCAAUGAUAAUGGAGAAGCCUUUUUCAGCGAUGAUUUAGUUCCUCAAAUUAAAAGUUAUCGGAUAUACGAAUCAGAGGAAGUCACAAUAAAGCGUUCGAUAAGAAUUGAAACUUCAUCGAGUCAUAAAAUUAUUUUUGUAGGAAAAAUUAUUGUCAAUGAUAGUUAUCGGCAAUCUAUUGAAAGUAUUGGUGGAAAAAUUGUUGAUGAUCCAAAAGUUGCUACGGUAUUGGUUGCUAAGAAAAUUAGCAGAACUGUAGAAUUUCUGUCCGCAAUUUGUCGAUCGAUUCCGAUUGUUUCUGUCCAAUGGAUAGAGGAUUCUUUUUAUAACAGAAAAUUUGUUGAUCCAAAGAAUUAUUUGCUGAAAGAUACUGUGACAGAAAAAAGAUAUGGAUUUCGCUUGGAAACGAGCUUGGAGAGAGCGAAAAAGAAGAGAAUUUUUGAAGGAUAUACUUUCGUUAUUACUUCGGGCAUUCAAAAAAUGAGUUUUGAUCAAUUAAAAUAUCUAAUUGACGUAGCCGGUGGUAGAGUUUUUAAAAGCAGAUCAAAAAUAUGGAGACCACAUACAAUUCUGGUGUCUUGCAGUAACGAUCGUAAGAAAGCUGAAGAAAUGUUUAAAAGAAAACCUGAUUAUUAUGAAUGUGUCGUUAAAUUGGACUUCAUUAUAGCGAGUUUGCUUAAACAGCAAAUACACACUAAUCAGUACGCGUUGAAAUUUAAUACGAGAUAAAUGUUAGUUUUAAAAAAAUAAGCCACUGACAUUAAUUUUUUUUUUUCUUUUCAUUCUAAAUACUAAAAAAUGUAACAUAAUUUCUCGAAGAACUUAAAAUUAAAUAACUAAUUAAUAAAUUUGAAAAAUUAUAGAGUACUGAUGAUAAUAUAAAAGUAAACACUUAGU